AUGUGCCAAGGGGCUAUCAUCAGCAGCCUCCUCCUCGACCUCUUCCUCACCCUGAGGAAAAGACCAGAUCAACAAGAUAAACAAAGAGGGGAAGGGCGUGGCCUGGGAAAGGAAAAGGAGAAAAAGUUCAAGGAGAGGUACUUACGGUCGCAGGAAGGGCUUCACUCACAACCACCGAAGGAGCUUCCUCCUCAUCCUCGUCCUCCGAGAGAUCAAGGAGGACCCUUUUUCUCGGCCGCUUAG